UCCUCCUGACCAACAUGGUGGCCAAAGGGCUUGAAUUGAUAUUAUGGCUCAUCUAUCUGACGCUGAUAGUCGACUCACUUACUCAGAAUGUGAUCACUGGUCCUUCUAAAAACACACUGACCAUAACUUCAGUUGAUGCAUCCCACAUUGGCCGAGUGUGCACAACUUGGGGAUACUAUCACUUCAAGACUUUUGAUGGAGAUCUCUUCCAAUUGAAUUCGAGUUGUAACCAUGUCCUUGCAAUGCAAUGCAAGGGCAGCUAUGAAAACUUUAAUAUCCAGAUGCGGCGGCGCUUAGUUAACAACAUCCCCACAAUCGGCAAAAUCAUCAUGAUGCUGCAAGGUUCUGAGGUGGAGCUCUCUAACAACUCUGUCGUUGUCAAUGGCAAGAUGGAAUCUCUGCCGUUCAGUAAAUCAGGAGUGACUGUCAAAGGGACCGCAUCUAGUAUCUCUGUUGAAGCUAAUCUGGGAAUAAAGGCAAUCUGGAACCUGGACGACUCCCUUGAUAUUGAAAUAGAUGAGAAAUAUCGGACCCAGACAUGUGGACUGUGUGGAAACUUUGAUGGCAUAUCCAAUGAAUUCCUGAAUGAUGGAACUCCACUGGCUGUGGUGGACUAUGCUGAGACCUGGAAGAUAAAUGGCCCCACAGAGUACUGUGAGGAGACUGAUGUUAACCCUGUCCAGAGCUGUGGUGAUAAGCAAUUCUGUGACCAGACCUUCUCCAGUGAUCCCUUUGUUGAUUGCCAAAACAUUCUUGAUGUGGAAUCCUUUAGUAAAGCCUGUAUGGUGGACACGUGCAACUCUAUAGACAACACUACUUUGGUCCUCUGUAAAACACUUUCAGAGUUCUCCAGACAGUGUGUCCAUGCAGGUGGCAAACCCCAAGAAUGGAGGAAUGAUACAUUUUGCUACAAGGAAUGUCCAUACAACAUGGUGUUCUUGGAAUGUGGCAGUUCAUGUCCUGACAGCUGUUCCACCCCUCAUGCCAGCCAGACAUGUGACAGCCACUGUCAUGAUGGCUGCAGCUGCCCUGCUGGAAUGGUCUUUGAUGACAUUGGCAACAGUGGGUGUAUUGCAGUCUCUCAGUGUCCAUGUCUGCACAACAACAAAAUCUACAAGACAGGAGAGUCCUACUCCCACCACUGUAGAUCCUGUGUAUGUGAAAGUGGUCGGUGGAGUUGUACAGAGAUGAACUGUCCAGGAAUCUGUUCUGUCAAAGGAGGAGCUCAUAUUAACACCUUUGAUGGAAAAGCCUACACAUUUCAUGGCGAUUGUUCCUAUGUUCUAGCUAAGGACAAUAAUGGUUUGUCCUACACUGUGCUGGUGGAUCUGGUCAAGUGUGGACUAAGGGACACAAAGACUUGCCUCAGAACUGUAACUUUGGCCUUACGCAGCAAUUAUGUGGUUGUUAAAGUUCAGGCAUCUGGGCAGGUCUAUGUGAACCAGAUUCAUUCUCAGCUUCCACUGUUUACAGCUGAUCUGAGAGUCUUUAAGCCAUCUUCCUUCUACAUCCUUAUAAACACCACUGUGGGCAUACAACUGAUGAUUCAGCUGUCUCCCAUAAUGCAGGUGUUCAUUUCAGCUGACAAAUCACUCACAGGAACCACCUCUGGUUUGUGUGGAAACUUCAAUGACAUAAUGAGUGACGACUUUAGAGUGACCAAUGGGCUGGUGGAAGGCACUGCUGCUGCAUAUGCCAACGCAUGGAAAACCAGAGCCAGCUGCCCAGACAUUAUAUCACAUUUUGGAGACCCUUGUAAUGACAACAUCCUCACAGAGAACUAUGCCAAUUACUGGUGCUCCAAAUUAACUGAUCCCAAGGGAGUGUUUGCUCCCUGCCACGCUGUCGUUAGCCCCAGCACAUAUAAAGAUAACUGUAUGUAUGACACCUGUAACUGUGAAAAAAGUGAGGACUGCAUGUGUGCUGCAGUUUCCUCAUAUGUCUAUGCCUGCUCAGCAGCAGGAGUCCACAUCACUGGCUGGAGGAAAACCAUCUGUGAGACAUUCAGUACAUCAUGUGCAGCAGACACUGUGUAUAAUUACAACAUGACCAGCUGUGGGCGUACCUGCCGUUCCCUUGGCCAGACUGACUACUCUUGUCAGGUCAACUUCACCACAGUGGAUGGCUGUGGUUGUUCUGAAGGAACUUACAUGAAUGAGAAAGGCCAGUGUGUAGCCCGUGAAAGCUGCCCCUGCUAUGCUGAAAGCAUUAUUGUUCCUCAUGGACAGACUAUCAGUAAAGAUGGCAGCACAUGUUUUUGCAGAGAAGGUGUUCUCAGCUGUUCUGGAGGGACACAACUACUAAGUUCACAACAAUGCGAAUGCCCCAUGGUGUACUUUGACUGCUCCACUGCUCACCCUGGGGCUACUGGCACUGAAUGUCAAAAGAGCUGCAGCACCGCUGACAUGGCUUGUAUCCACACAGGCUGCACAUCAGGCUGCAUAUGCCCAGAUGGUUUGUUGUCAGAUGGAGCAGGAGGCUGUGUCAAUGAGACCAGCUGUCCAUGUGUACACAAUGGUAAAAUCUACCAGCCUGGAGAGACACUGACAGUGGAUUGCAAUACCUGUACGUGCAGUGGAAGGAAGUUCACAUGCACCAGCAAUGCAUGUGAUGCUGUUUGUGGAAUCUAUGGGGACGGUCACUACAUCACCUUUGAUGAUAAGAGGUUCGACUUCAGUGGAGAGUGUGAAUACACACUUCUACAAGACUUCUGUGGCACCUGUAACGGCAAUGGAAGCUUCAGAAUUAUUACUGAAAAUGUUCCAUGUGGAACCACAGGAACCACCUGCUCUAAGACCAUCAAGAUCUUCUUGGGGGAUAAUGAAUUCCAGCUUAAAGAUGACAACUUACAAGUGGUAAAGGGCAGUAUCCAGGUGCUUCGGGUACAAAAAAUGGGCAUUUACAUAGUGGUGACAAUCAAGCCUGGGCUUGUUCUUAUGUGGGACCAGAAGACCAGUCUUUUCAUUGCAAUCAGUCCACAGUUCCAGGGUCAGGUCUGUGGUCUGUGUGGAAACUAUGAUGGUAACAGUAAGAAUGACUUCACCACACGCUCCCAGGAAAUAGUAACAGAUGUUCUACGAUUUGGUAACAGCUGGAAAGUUUCAUCUAGUUGUCCCAGUGCACAGCUAAUCAGGGAUCCCUGUGCCUAUAAUCGCUACCGGGAAGCCUGGUCUCAAAAACAGUGCAGUAUCAUCAUGAGUGUCACAUUCAAGAGCUGUCAUUCAAAGGUUGACCCUGGUCCAUAUUUUGAUUCCUGUGUGAGAGACUCCUGUGCUUGUGACACUGGUGGGGACUGCGAAUGUCUGUGUACUGCUGUGGCUGCAUAUGCCAAAGCCUGUAAUAAAGCUGGGACCUGCAUUGCAUGGAGGACUCCAAAGUUUUGUCCUAUGUUCUGUGACUACUAUAAUUCACAUGAUGGUGAAUUAUGUGAGUGGCACUACAACCCUUGUGGACCUCGGAACUUGGAAACGGACUGCUUGAAAACAUGUAGCAAUCCAUCUGGAAACUGCUCCACACACAUCACCAACCUGGAAGGCUGCUAUCCAAGGUGUCCCCCAACCAAACCCUUCUUUGAUGAAGAAAAAAUGAAGUGCGUUGACUGCUGUGAAGACACAACAACUAAAGGAACAACACCAACACCUAUACAAACAACAUCUGUUGAAUCCACAACAGCGACGAGUACGACAACAAAAGCAACCACAGUCGUUACAUCGGGACCAACAACAUCCUCUACCACAGUUUCACCUACUGAAACAACAGUUCAAAGAUCGACCACAGUUACAUCAACACCAUCUGUGAGUACUGAAAUUACAUCUGGGACUGUCACUACCACUAAAGGAACAACAACAACACCUAUACAAACAACAUCUGUUGAAUCCACAACAGCGACGAGUACGACAACAAAAGGAACCACAGUCGUUACAUCGGGACCAACAACAUCCUCUACCACAGUUUCACCUACUGAAACAACAGUUCAAAAAUCCACCAUGGUUACAUCAACGCCAUCUGUGAGUACUGAAAUUACAUCUGGGACUGUCACUACCACUAAAGGAACAACAACAACACCUAUACAAACAACAUCUGUUGAAUCCACAACAGCGACGAGUACGACAACAAAAGUAACCACAGUCGUUACAUCGGGACCAACAACAUCCUCUACCACAGUUUCACCUACUGAAACAACAGUUCAAAAAUCCACCAUGGUUACAUCAACACCAUCUGUGAGUACUGAAAUUACAUCUGGGACUGUCACUACCACUGAAGGAACAACAACAACACCUAUACAAACAACAUCUGUUGAAUCCACAACAGCGACGAGUACGACAACAAAACCAACCACAGUCGUUACAUCAGGACCAACAACAUCCUCUACCACAGUUUCACCUACUGAAACAACAGUUCAAAAAUCCACCACGGUUACAUCAACACCAUCUGGGACUGUCACUACCGCUAAAGGAACAACAACAACACCUAUACAAACAACAUCUGUUGAAUCCACAACAGCGAUGAGUACGACAACAAAAGGAACCACAGUCGUUACAUCGGGACCAACAACAUCCUCUACCACAAUUUCACCUACUGAAACAAUAGUUCAAAGAUCCACCACGGUUACAUCAACACCAUCUGUGAGUACUGAAAUUACAUCUGGGACUGUCACUACCACUGAAGGCACAACAACAACACCUAUACAAACAACAUCUGUUGAAUCCACAACAGCGACGAGUACGACAACAAAUGGAACCACAGUCGUUACAACGGGACCAACAACAUCCUCUACCACAGUUUCACCUACUGAAACAACAGUUCAAAAAUCCACCAUGGUUACAUCAACGCCAUCUGUGAGUACUGAAAUUACAUCUGGGACUGUCACUACCACUAAAGGAACAACAACAACACCUAUACAAACAACAUCUGUUGAAUCCACAACAGCGACGAGUACGACAACAAAAGUAACCACAGUCGUUACAUCGGGACCAACAACAUCCUCUACCACAGUUUCACCUACUGAAACAAUAGUUCAAAAAUCCACCACGGUUACAUCAACACCAUCUGGGACUGUCACUACCACUAAAGGAACAACAACAACACCUAUACAAACAACAUCUGUUGAAUCCACAACAGCGACGAGUACGACAACAAAAGCAACCACAGUUGUUACUUCGGGACCAACAACAUCCUCUACCACAGUUUCACCUACUGAAUCAACACUUCAAAUAUCCACCACGGUUACAUCAACACCAUCUGUGAGUACUGAAAUUACAUCUGGGACUGUCACUACCACUGAAGGAACAACAACAACACCUAUACAAACAACAUCUGUUGAAUCCACAACAGCGACGAGUACGACAACAAAAGCAACCACAGUUGUUACUUCGGGACCAACAACAUCCUCUACCACAGUUUCACCUACUGAAACAAUAGUUCAAAAAUCCACCACGGUUACAUCAACACCAUCUGGGACUGUCACUACCACUAAAGGAACAACAACAACACCUAUACAAACAACAUCUGUUGAAUCCACAACAGCGACGAGUACGACAACAAAAGCAACCACAGUUGUUACUUCGGGACCAACAACAUCCUCUACCACAGUUUCACCUACUGAAACAAUAGUUCAAAAAUCCACCACGGUUACAUCAACACCAUCUGUGAGUACUGAAAUUACAUCUGGGACUGUCAGUACCACUAAAGGAACAACAACAACACCUAUACAAACAACAUCUGUUGAAUCCACAACAGCGACGAGUACGACAACAAAAGCAACCACAGUUGUUACUUCGGGACCAACAACAUCCUCUACCACAGUUUCACCUACUGAAUCAACACUUCAAAUAUCCACCACGGUUACAUCAACACCAUCUGUGAGUACUGAAAUUACAUCUGGGACUGUCACUACCACUGAAGGAACAACAACAACACCUAUACAAACAACAUCUGUUGAAUCCACAACAGCGACGAGUACGACAACAAAAGCAACCACAGUUGUUACUUCGGGACCAACAACAUCCUCUACCACAGUUUCACCUACUGAAACAAUAGUUCAAAAAUCCACCACGGUUACAUCAACACCAUCUGGGACUGUCACUACCACUAAAGGAACAACAACAACACCUAUACAAACAACAUCUGUUGAAUCCACAACAGCGACGAGUACGACAACAAAAGCAACCACAGUUGUUACUUCGGGACCAACAACAUCCUCUACCACAGUUUCACCUACUGAAACAAUAGUUCAAAAAUCCACCACGGUUACAUCAACACCAUCUGGGACUGUCAGUACCACUAAAGGAACAACAACAACACCUAUACAAACAACAUCUGUGGAAUCCACAACAGCGACGAGUAUGACAACAAAACCAACCACAUCGGGACCAACAACAUCCUCUACCACAGUUUCACUUACUGAAACAAUAGUUCAAAAAUCCACCAUGGUUACAUCAACACCAUCUGGGACUGUCACUACCACUAAAGGAACAACAACAACACCUAUGCAAACAACAUCUGUUCAAUCCACAACAGCGAUGAGCACGACAACAAAAGCAACCACAGUUGUUACUUCGGGACCAACAACAUCCUCUACCACAGUUUCACCUACUGAAACAACAGUUCAAAAAUCCACCACGGUUACAUCAACACCAUCUGUGAGUACUGAAAUUACAUCUGGGACUGUCACUACCACUAAAGGAACAACAACAACACCUAUACAAACAACAUCUGUUGAAUCCACAACAGCGACGAGUACGACAACAAAAGGAACCACAGUCGUUACAUCGGGACCAACAACGUCCUCUACCACAGUUUCACCUACUGAAACAAUAGUUCAAAAAUCCACCACGGUUACAUCAACACCUUCUGGGACUGUCACUACCACUAAAGGAACAACAACAACACCUAUGCAAACAACAUCUGUGGAGUCCACAACAGCGACGAGUAUGACAACAAAACAAACCACAUCGGGACCAACAACAUCCUCUACCACAGUUUCACCUACUGAAACAAUAGUUCAAAAAUCCACCACGGUUACAUCAACACCAUCUGGGACUGUCACUACCACUAAAGGAACAACAACAACACCUAUACAAACAACAUCUGUUGAAUCCACAACAGCGACGAGUACGACAACAAAAGCAACCACAGUUGUUACUUCUGGACCAACAACAUCCUCUACCACAGUUUCACCUACUGAAUCAACACUUCAAAUAUCCACCACGGUUACAUCAACACCAUCUGUGAGUACUGAAAUUACAUCUGGGACUGUCACUACCACUGAAGGAACAACAACAACACCUAUACAAACAACAUCUGUUGAAUCCACAACAGCGACGAGUACGACAACAAAAGCAACCACAGUCGUUACAUCGGGACCAACAACAUCCUCUACCACAGUUUCACCUACUGAAACAAUAGUUCAAAAAUCCACCACGGUUACAUCAACACCAUCUGGGACUGUCACUACCACUAAAGGAACAACAACAACACCUAUACAAACAACAUCUGUGGAAUCCACAACAGCGACGAGUAUGACAAUAAAACCAACCACAUCGGGACCAACAACAUCCUCUACCACAGUUUCACCUACUGAAACAAUAGUUCAAAAAUCCACCACGGUUACAUCAACACCAUCUGGGACUGUCGCUACCACUAAAGGAACAACAACAACAUCUAUACAAACAACAUCUGUUGAAUCCACAACAGCGACAAGUACGACAACAAAAGCAACCACAGUUGUUACUUCGGGACCAACAACAUCCUCUACCACAGUUUCACCUACUGAAACAACAGUUCAAAAAUCCACCACGGUUACAUCAACACCAUCUGUGAGUACUGAAAUUACAUCUGGGACUGUCACUACCACUAAAGGAACAACAACAACACCUAUACAAACAACAUCUGUUGAAUCCACAACAGCGACGAGUACGACAACAAAAGCAACCACAGUCGUUACAUCGGGACCAACAACAUCCUCUACCACAGUUUCACCUACUGAAACAAUAGUUCAAAAAUCCACCACUGUUACAUCAACACCAUCUGGGACUGUCACUACCACUAAAGGAACAACAACAACACCUAUACAAACAACAUCUGUUGAAUCCACAACAGCGACGAGUACGGCAACAAAACCAACCACAGUCGUUACAUCGGGACCAACAACAUCCUCUACCACAGUUUCACCUACUGAAACAAUAGUUCAAAAAUCCACCACGGUUACAUCAACGCCAUCUGGGACUGUCACUACCACUGAAGGAACAACAACACCUAUACAAACAACAUCUAUUGAAUCCACAACAGCGACGAGUACGACAACAAAAGCAACCACAGUCGUUACAUUGGGACCAACAACAUCCUCUACCACAGUUUCACCUUCUGAAACAACAAUUCAAAAAUCCACCACGGUUACAUCAACACCAACUGUGAGUACUGAAAUUACAUCUGGGACUGUCACUACCACUGAAGGAAUAACAACAACACCUAUACAAACAACAUCUGUUGAAUCCACAACAGCGACGAGUACGACAACAAAAGCAAUCACAGUCGUUACUGCGGGACCAACAACAUCCUCUACCACAGUUUCACCUACUGAAAAAAUAGUUCAAAUAUCCACCACGGUUACAUCAACACCCUCUGUGAGUACUGAAAUUACAUCUUGGACUGUCACUACCACUGAAGGAACAACAACAACACCUAUACAAACAACAUCUGUUGAAUCCACAACAGCGACGAGUACGACAACAAAACCAACCACAGUCGUUACAUCGGGACCGACAACAUCCUCUACCACAGUUUCACCUACUGAAACAAUAGUUCAAAAGUCCACCACGGUUACAUCAACACCAUCUGGGACUGUCACUACUACUAAAGGAACAACAACAACACCUAUACAAACAACAUCUGUGGAAUCCACAACAGCGACGAGUAUGACAACAAAACCAACCACAUCGGGACCAACAACAUCCUCUACCACAGUUUCACCUACUGAAACAAUAGUUCAAAAAUCCACCACGGUUACAUCAACGCCAUCUGGGACUGUCACUACCACUGAAGGAACAACAACAACACCUAUACAAACAACAUCUGUUGAAUCCACAACAGCGACGAGUACGACAACAAAACCAACCACAGUCGUUACAUCGGGACCAACAACAUCCUCUACCACAGUUUCACCUACUGAAACAACAGUUCAAAAGUCCACCACGGUUACAUCAACACCAUCUGGGACUGUCACUACCACUAAAGGAACAACAACAACACCUAUACAAACAACAUCUGUGGAAUCCACAACAGCGACGAGUAUGACAACAAAACCAACCACAUCGGGACCAACAACAUCCUCUACCACAGUUUCACCUACUGAAACAAUAGUUCAAAAAUCCACCACGGUUACAUCAACACCAUCUGUGAGCACUGAAAUUACAUCUGGGACUGUCACUACCACUGAAGGAACAACAACAACACCUAUACAAACAACAUCUGUUGAAUCCACAACAGUGACGAGCACGACAACAAAAGCAACCACAGUCGUUACUUCGGGACCAACAACAUCCUCUACCACAGUUUCACCUACUGAAACAACAGUUCAAAAAUCCACCACGGUUACAUCAACACCAUCUGUGAGUACUGAAAUUACACCUGGGACUGUCACUACCACUGAAGGAACAACAACAACACCUAUACAAACAACAUCUGUUGAAUCCACAACAGUGACGAGUACAACAACAAAAGGAACCACAGUCGUUACAUCGCGACCAACAACAUCCUCUACCACAGUUUCACCUACUGAAACAAUAGUUCAAAAAUCCACCACUUUUACAUCAACACCAUCUGUGAGUACUGAAAUUACAUCUGGGACUGUCACUACCACUGAAGGAACAACAACAACACCUAUACAAACAACAUCUGUUGAAUCCACAACAGCGACGAGUACGACAACAAACGCAACCACAGUCGUUACUUCGGGACCAACAACAUCCUCUACCACAGUUUCACCUACUGAAACAACAGUUCAAAAAUCCACCACGGUUACAUCAACACCAUCUGUGAGUACUGAAAUUACACCUGGGACUGUCACUACCACUGAAGGAACAACAACAACACCUAUACAAACAACAUCUGUUGAAUCCACAACAGUGACGAGUACAACAACAAAAGGAACCACAGUCGUUACAUCGCGACCAACAACAUCCUCUACCACAGUUUCACCUACUGAAACAAUAGUUCAAAAAUCCACCACUUUACAUCAACACCAUCUGUGA